UGCCACUUUAUAACGCGUCCAUGUUUUAUCUGCAGCUGUAAUGGCGUGAUUUGAUAUCCGUUAAUUGUUAUAAUUUAUCGCAACUGGAAUCUGCGUAGUGCAUAAAGAAGCACGAAAAGUGAUUUUAAAAGAAUGACCCUAGACUCCAUAAUGGCGUGUUGCCUCAGCGAGGAGGCGAAAGAAUCCAGGCGGAUCAACGACGAGAUCGAAAGACAGCUCCGCCGUGAUAAGAGGGAUGCUCGCCGGGAAUUGAAGCUGUUGCUUCUCGGUACUGGAGAGAGUGGGAAGAGCACCUUCAUUAAACAGAUGAGAAUCAUCCAUGGCGCUGGCUACUCAGAGGAGGACAAGCGCAGCUUCACCAAGCUGGUGUACCAGAACAUCUUUACUGCCAUGCAGUCCAUGAUCCGCGCCACAGAGACCCUCCGGAUCCCUUACAGAUAUGAGCACAACAAGGGCAACGCUAACGUGGUCCGAGAGGUGGACGUGGAGACAGUCAGCACGUUUGCGAACCCCUACUUAGACGCCAUCAAGUGUUUAUGGAAUGAUCCAGGCGUCCAGGAAGCUUACGACAGGAGACGGGAGUACCAGCUGUCGGACUCUACCAAAUAUUACAUGAAUGCUCUGGACCGGAUCGCAGAGGCCUCUUAUCUUCCCACCCAGCAGGAUGUGCUGAGGGUUAGGGUCCCCACCACAGGCAUCAUCGAGUACCCCUUCGACCUCCAGAGUGUCAUCUUCAGGAUGGUGGACGUGGGGGGUCAGAGGUCAGAGAGGAGGAAGUGGAUCCACUGCUUUGAGAAUGUCACAUCCAUCAUGUUUCUGGUGGCACUCAGCGAGUAUGACCAGGUGCUCGUAGAAUCCGAUAACGAGAACCGAAUGGAGGAGAGUAAAGCUUUGUUCAGGACCAUCAUCACAUAUCCCUGGUUCCAGAACUCUUCCGUCAUCCUCUUCCUCAACAAGAAGGACCUCUUGGAGGAGAAGAUCACGUACUCCCACCUGGUCGACUACUUCCCGGAGUUUGACGGUCCCCAGAGAGAUGCCCAGGCUGGCCGCGAGUUCAUCCUGAAGAUGUUUGUGGACCUGAACCCAGACAGUGACAAGAUAAUCUACUCCCACUUCACCUGCGCCACGGACACGGAGAACAUCCGCUUUGUGUUCGCCGCCGUCAAAGACACCAUCCUGCAGCUCAACCUGAAGGAGUACAACCUGGUGUGAAACCAUAGAGUUAGAAUAUUAGAAGGGACUUCUUCAGCAUGAGCGCAGCAAGGCUGGGGCCCAGAGACCUUUCUCCAACUUACUCACUGUCAAAUCUGUGAAGGGAAAAAAAAUGGUUGCAUAAUAUUAAUUUAUUGCCAUUGUUGACCCUUUUCUUUUUUCUAUUUAAAAGAGAACAUGAUUGAAGAGUUUAGAGGGUUUGAAGGUUGCUGUUGGAUAUGUACAGCACAGUUCCUCCAAUUAUUAGAAUUGUUUUUAGCAAAACAAUUUUAAAGACACUCAAUGUGGCGGCUGGGUUCUGUCCAACGCCUCUGAACUUGAUUCCAAGGUGCUCCCGCCUUUUUGUUUUUGAUUCAACCUAGUCGGUCCAUUCCACCGCCAGCCUGUGGCGAAUUAACACAUAGAUUCCUCAGAAAGGGUGAAAAGUGUUGAUACUGUGAUUUCUUAAAAUUGGGCUGUAUAGUGAGGGAGCACCAUGAUGAUCAUCGCCCUUCGCAGGCCCCAGGGUCAGGAGUCAGUUAUUUAAUGGACAGUGUUGUACCACGCUUUUUAAGGUCCUAUUUAUUGCCGAUGCCAAAAGGAUGUAGCGUUAACUCGAGGCACCCUUUCGCGCUGUUAACUAGAAAGAGUAUUGGAGGCAAGACAGGACACAGCCUUUUGUACUAAUUGUAAGUCGCUCUGGAUAAGAGCGUCUGCUAAAUGACUAAAAUGUAAAUGAAGGCACCAAGAGUUUACCAUGCGCAUGAGUGACCUUUUUAAAGUGUUUCACCCUGUUUUUGGUUAAACUUUUCUCAACCA